CUCUCCCUCUCUCUCCUCACACACACAACCUCAAACCCAUUAUGUAAAGCAGAAAGCCCGACUUUUUCCUCAAUCAAAUCAUCAACCGCAGAAACUCCAAUACAACUCAACCCCGCAUCCUUCCCACUUGGUCUUAUCUCCUCUGAAUUCUUAAUGCAAAUACAUAUGUAGAAAAACCAAAAGAAAAGCAGAGAGAGAGAGAGAGAGAGGCGGAGUUCAAGUCAAUACCCUUCAGCUUUCUUCUUCUGUUAGCCAGGGCAGCACAGAGAGACUUCUAGUGAGAGAAACACGCCUGUAGAGAGAGACAGAUACGUGAAUUACAAGACCCUGAAUACUUUUUCAACUCAGAAUGGACUCAGAGUCACUUCGGCUGAUGACCCACCAAUCAUUAUUCUCUGCCGUUCGAUCCGGUGACUUUGAAUCUCUGAAACUCGUCGUAGAGAAUGAAGGGUCUGAUCCAGCUUCAGUCUCAGCUCUAUUGCAGAAAGAUGCUCGUGAGACAGCUCUGUACAUCGCUGCAGAGAACAAUUUCCAGGAGAUCUUCAGUUAUUUGCUGAAGUUUUGCGAUAAAGAGAUUGUGAUGAUCAGGUCCAAGUCUGGUAUGGACCCUUUUCACGUUGCAGCUAAGCGUGGCCACUUGGGAAUUGUCAAGGAACUUUUGGGCAUGUGGCCUGAGCUUUGUAGAGUAUGCGACUCCUCAAACACUAGCCCCCUUUACUCAGCAGCUGUCCAGGACCAUUUGGCUGUGGUGAAUGCCAUAUUAGAGGUAGAUGCGGGCUCAAUACGAAUUGUGAGGAAAAAUGGGAAAACUGCAUUGCACACGGCUGCAAGAUAUGGUCUUCUUCAGAUUGUGAAAGCACUUAUAGACAAAGAUCCAGGCAUUAUCGCCAUUAAAGACAAGAAGGGCCAAACUGCACUGCAUAUGGCUGUAAAAGGUCAGGACACUUCUGUAGUUGAGGAACUACUACUUGCUGAUCACUCAAUACUGAAUAAACGUGACAAGAAGGGUAAUACGGCUGUGCAUAUGGCUACAAGGAAAUGCCGUCCACAGAUAGUAAGCCUUUUGCUGAGUUAUAUGGCAGUUGAUGUCAAUGCUAUUAAUAAUCAGCAUGAGACUGCAAUGGAUUUAGCAGAUAAACUUCAAUAUGGAGUAUCUGCAUUGGAAAUUAAGGAAGCCCUAUUAGAGGCUGGUGCCAAGCAUGCAAGGUAUGUUGGCCAAGUGGAUGCAAAUAUGGAACUCAAAAGGACAGUGAGUGAUAUAAAGCACGAGGUACAGUCACAACUGAUACAAAAUGAAAAAACCCAAAGACGUGUUUCUGGUAUUGCCAAAGAACUUAAGAAAAUUCACAGGGAAGCUGUUCAGAAUACCACGAAUUCUGUCACAGUUGUUGCUGUUCUAUUUGCCUCCAUAGCUUUCUUGGCUAUAUUCAACCUGCCUGGCCAAUAUCUUAUGGUUGGAGCAGAACCAGGGAAAGCACAUAUAGCGAAAACUGUUGCUUUUCGAGUGUUCUGCCUUUUGAAUGCUACUUCCCUCUUCAUAUCUCUAGCUGUUGUUGUGGUUCAGAUCACUCUGGUUGCCUGGGAUACUAGAUCUCAGAGACAGGUUGUUUCCGUAGUAAACAAGCUAAUGUGGGUUGCAUGCAUUACCACUUGUGGGUCAUUUCUGUCGAUAUCUUUUGUAGUAGUGGGAAAGGGAAGCUCGUGGAUGGCUAUCACUAUUACAGUUCUGGGAGUACCAAUUCUGGUUGGAACUCUUGUUUUCUUGUGCUACUUUGUUUUCCAGCAGCACUUCAGGAUUUUUGGCAGUGAUUCUCAGAGACAUAUCAGAAGGGCCAGUGGAAGCAAAUCCUUCUCAUGGUUGCACUCUGUAAAUAUUUCAGACUAUGAUGAGUAUGAAUCUGACCGUGAGAAGAUCUAUGCGCUCUGAAAUCAUCUCACACAACUUGGAGUAUGCAAAAAAAAUGGAUUCAAGGUGAAAGAUAUCGGAGUCUGGAUUUUAGUCACUGAUCAGCAAGAAAUUGAGAAUGGUACUUUGUCUCAACUCUUUCAAAAGAACACGAGAAUUAAAGUGGUGGUUGAUUGCACUAUUUUAAUUCCAUGGAUGGUAGAUUAGGGUUGUCUGAUAGUUGAAUUGGGGACAUGUCUUGUAAAGUUUUGUAAAUUGUGUAAAGAUUUCACAUUCUGUUGUGUAAUAAUAGAGAGCUUUCCCCCACCCAAAAAAAGAAAAAAAAUGAUGUAAUAGAGAGCUUGCUGGCUUGCUUCUAAGUUUUGGACUAUUAAUAUAUGUGAGACUAUAGCAGUUUUGACUUGCUUGUAUGCUCAGACCCCUC